AUGGACCGCCACCCAGGCGGCCAGUGGCUGAUCAACCUCGCGGUCGGCCGGGAUGCCACAGGCGGCCUCACAUCGCCCCACAUCGCCGCACGCAUCUCGCACCCCGCAGCUCUCUUCGAAUCGUACCACCUCCGCCACGACGUCGCGGCCGCGGUGUUCCAGAAGCUGCCCGUGCUCAAUGGCUUCCCGGUCAACAGCGUGCCGCAGGCGCCGCGCCCCAACGACUCGCAGCUGUACGUGUCGAUUAAGGACAGGGUGCGCAAGGAGGUGUUCCGCGGCAGCGAGAACCGCGGCGCCCACCGCCGCGGCAGCGAGCUGGCGGCGCUGUCCGUGCUGACCUUUGCGGUCAUCACCUACUACCUCUACGCCCGCUGGACCGGAUUCGUGACGGGCCUGCUGUUCGGGGUGGCUGGCGCGUGGAUCGGCGUCACCAUCCAGCACUGCGGCAACCACGGCGCCAUGAGCACGGUCCCCCUGGUCAACGUGCUGCUAGGCAUGUGCAACGACCUCAUCGGCGGCGCCUCGCUGACCUGGCGGUACCACCACCAGGUGUCUCACCACAUCCACACCAAUGACGAGGUCCUGGACGAGGACGUGUGCUCCAUGUACCCCCUGCUGCGCUUCGACAACCGCCUACCGCGCCUGUGGUUCCACCGGUGGCAGCACCUCUACGUCUGGGCGGCCUACCCGGCCCUGCACCUGGCCUUCCAGCUGGGCGACUUCGCCUCCCUCGUCACCAACAAGACCGUCGGCGCGGAGCUCCUGGGCGCCACCAAGCUCGAGAAGUCCACCCUGGUCCUGGGCAAGGCCGUGCACUACGCGCUGCUCCUGGUCCUCCCCUGGGCGCUGCACGGCCCCGCCGCCACGCUGCUGGGCGCGGCCGGCUACAGCACCACGCUCUCCAUCAUCCUGGCCAUGGUGUUCUUCGUGAGCCACAACGUGCCGCAGUCAAAGCCGCUGCCGGCGGGGGGGGACACCAAGGGCGUGCUGUACCAGGAUGUGGCGGACCGCGACUGGGGCGUGCAGCAGAUCCUGGCUAGCUGCUGCUGGGGCGACACCGUCGGCAACUUCUUCACAGGCGGCCUCAACCUCCAGAUCGAGCACCACCUGUUCCCCGCCAUCUCCUUCGUGCACUACCCCGCCAUCGCGCGCAUUGUGCGCGACGAGUGCUUCCGCCGCAACGUGCGCUACACCCACUACAAGUCCCUGUGGGGCAACCUGUCGGGCUUCCUGUGCUGCAUGAAGCAGCUCGGCUCGGCGCCGGACGAGCCGGCCGUGCGCGCGGCGGUCAGCGUCCGGGGCGCCGGCGGGAAGGCCAAGGCUACGUGA